AUGUCUUUUUCUCAAGUCUUGGUGAUCACGUUGUGCCUUGUAACUACGGGGGCACAUGCAAAACCACUAUCACCCCCUUCCAAGGUCUCUAGUCGCCAGAAUCCCUCUCCAUCAAGCUAUCCUCUUGACGACGCCUGCGGCAACGAGUGGAAGUACCUCAACUUCGAUAUCAACAAAGACGGGGACAGGGCCCAUUUGGAGCUUCUUCAUGACGUUAUUUGCUCUGGUGAGCUUCGCGGCAUUGCUGCAUGGGGCGCAUUCGCUGCCUCAGAAAGGCAAACGUCCAAAAAUGUCGUCUACGACCUCUUUUUUGAUACAGAGGAAGAUACCCCCGCAAAGGUCAACGACGUUUUAAUAACUAUCGCGGGAGAAGUCACUGAGGGCAGUAAUGCUGGGCCAAAAGUUGCCCAAAUGAUCAUUGAUAAUUCAGACUUUGGCAAAAGCAGUGAUAAUAGCUGCGAAAAUGAGGGGACUCUGGCUUACACCCAGAUCGAUGUGGACGGGGAUGGUCGCGAGAAGAUCCAUUUCUGCGAGAUUUCCUACGCUAAACCAAUCCACGCAGCUGAUAUUAAGUGCGAAAGCCUUGAUAAGUACCCUAGCACCAAGAUGGAUACUUUCUCUCGUGUUGCACUCCAUGAAACUCUGCACUAUAGUACGAUUGGGCCCAAGUCGAAGCUAGGAGAAGAGAUCGGCGACCAAUUCAACGAAGAUGGGCAACGCGCAUACGACCCAGAGCGUGCACAUGGUCUUCAGGAUCCCAAACAGGAUAAUCAACCAGGAAAGUCGGAGAACAACGCUGACAACUAUGCAUGGAUGUCCCUGGACGCUAUCAUCAGCAAUCGGUGCAACAUGGAAACAACAGACGGAGAGAAGCCUUGGCACAGUUUCUUCCCCGAUCCACCCCCAAAGUACGCUUGA